AUGCCUCGAUUUAGCAUCCGCAACGCCGCCAUCGUCAUCAAUUUCUUUCUCCUCAUCGCGCUCUUCCUCCACUUCAAGUCGGAGAUCCGGGGGGAUACCCCAGACUCGGUCGCAGGGAGACGAGUUGGCGAAUCACACCUACACGACGAAGUCUUGGACGAGACGCAGACACAUGCGGGUGCUGGGCAUGCAACAGCACAGGGGAAGAGCAAAGAGUUGAAGGCGAACGGCCUCGGAGAACACAACGUGGCUUGA